AUGGUACCAUUUACCAAUACACCCACCCGCACACCCACCCGUACACCCACCCGUACACCCACCCGCACACCCACCCGUACAGCCACCCGGCCAGCCACCCGCACAACCACCCGUACAGCCACCCGCACACCCACCCGUACAGCCACCCGUACACCCACCCGUACAACCACCCGUACAGCCACCCGUACAGCCACCCGUACACCCACCCAUACAACCACCCGUACACCCACCCGUACAGCCACCCGUACAGCCACCCGGCCAGCCACCCAUACAACCACCCGUACACCCACCCGCACACCCACCCGCACACCCACCCGCACACCCACCCGCACACCCACCCGCACACCCACCCGCACACCCACCCGUACAGCCACCCGGCCAGCCACCCAUACAACCACCCGUACACCCACCCGCACACCCACCCGCACACCCACCCGUACAGCCACCCGGCCACCCACCCAUACAACCACCCGUACAGCCACCCGCACACCCACCCGUACAGCCACCCGCCAGCCACCCAUACAACCACCCGGAAAGCCACCCGUACAGCCACCCGCACACCCACCCGUACAACCACCGGGACAACCACCCAUACAACCACCCGUACAGCCACCCGGCCAGCCACCCAUACAACCACCCGGAAAGCCACCCGGACAGCCACCCGUACAACCACCCAUACAACCACCGGGACAACCACCCUUACAACCACCCGUACAGCCACCCGGCCAGCCACCCAUACAACCACCCGGAAAGCCACCCGGAAAGCCACCCGCACACCCACCCGUACAACCACCCGGAAAGCCACCCGUACAACCACCCGGACAGCCACCCGCACACCCACCCGUACACCCACCCGCACACCCACCCCAUAACCACCCGGAAAGCCACCCGUACAACCACCCGGACAGCCACCCGCACACCCACCCGUACAACCACCCAUACGCCCACCCGUACAGCCACCCGGAAAGCCACCCGGACAGCCACCCGUACACCCACCCGUACACCCACCCGCACACCCACCCAUACAACCACCCGCACACCCACCCGUACAACCACCCGUACACCCACCCGUACAGCCACCCGUACAGCCACCCGUACACCCACCCGUACAGCCACCCGUACAGCCACCCGGACAGCCACCCGUACACCCACCCGUACAACCACCCGGACAACCACCCGCACACCCACCCGCACAGCCACCCGUACAGCCACCCGCACACCCACCCGCACAGCCACCCGCACACCCACCCGCACAGCCACCCGUACACCCACCCACACACCCACCCGUACACCCACCCGUACAGCCACCCGGACAGCCUCCCGUACAACCACCCGUACAGCCACCCAUACAACCACCCAUACAACCACCCAUACAACCACCCGUACAACCACCCAUACAGCCACCCGUACAACCACCCAUACAACCACCCAUACAACCACCCGUACAACCACCCAUACAGCCACCCAUACAACCACCCAUACAACCACCCAUACAACCACCCGUACAACCACCCAUACAACCACCCAUACAACCACCCGUACAGCCACCCGUACAGCCACCCAUACAACCACCCAUACAACCACCCGUACAGCCACCCGUACAGCCACCCGUACAGCCACCCAUACAACCACCCAUACAACCACCCAUACAACCACCCGUACAACCACCCGUACAACCACCCGUACAGCCACCUGGACAACCACCCAUACAACCACCCGUACAACCACCCAUACAACCACCCGUACAACCACCCAUACAGCCACCUGGACAACCACCCGUACAACCACCCGUACAACCACCCAUACAGCCACCCGUACAACCACCCGUACAGCCACCCGGACAACCACCCAUACAGCCACCUGGACAACCACCCGUACAACCACCCAUACAACCACCCGUACAACCACCCAUACAGCCACCCGUACAACCACCCAUACAACCACCCGUACAACCACCCAUACAGCCACCCGUACAACCACCCAUACAGCCACCUGGACAACCACCCGGACAGCCACCCGUACAACCACCCAUACAGCCACCCGUACAACCACCCAUACAACCACCCAUACAGCCACCCGUACAACCACCCAUACAACCACCCGUACAACCACCCAUACAGCCACCCGUACAACCACCCGUACAACCACCCAUACAGCCACCCGUACAACCACCCGUACAACCACCCAUACAACCACCCGUACAGCCACCCAUACAACCACCCAUACAGCCACCCGUACAACCACCCAUACAGCCACCCAUACAACCACCCAUACAGCCACCUGGACAACCACCCGGACAGCCACCCAUACAGCCACCCGUACAACCACCCGUACAACCACCCGUACAGCCACCCAUACAGCCACCCGUACAACCACCCAUACAACCACCCGUACAGCCACCCGUACAGCCACCUGGACAACCACCCAUACAGCCACCUGGACAACCACCCAUACAGCCACCCGUACAACCACGCAUACAACCACCCGGACAACCACCCGUACAGCCACCCGUACAGCCACCCGUACAACCACCCAUACAGCCACCCACACAACCACCCAUACAGCCACCUGGACAACCACCCGGACAGCCACCCAUACAGCCACCCGUACAACCACCCAUACAACCACCCAUACAGCCACCCAUACAACCACCCAUACAACCACCGGGACAGCCACCUGGACAACAGAGACAAAGGUCUGUGA